AAACUGUUCGAGUGGAGCUUCCUUCCUGAUGUGUAAAGAUGUGAAUACGUUACGGUCUGUACACGUCGUUUACGUUUGAAAAUUUUUGUACAACUUAAACAAUUCAGAUCGACGUAUCGAAGUUUCACCGUGUCCACGUUUUCUUGCCGCUAUGUCGUCGAAAAACACCACCGAAAAGAUCUUAGAAAUCGACGCGCACGUCAGCAAACAUUACGACAUCGUUCGACGCCUCGGAAAGGGGGCUUACGGUAUCGUUUGGAAGGCGAUCGACAAGAAAAACAAGGAGACUGUUGCGAUGAAGAAGAUCUUCGACGCCUUCGGGAACCAAACUGACGCGCAGAGGACGUUUCGCGAGAUAAUGUUCCUAUUAUCGUUCGCCAAUCACGAGAACAUCAUACGACUGAUCGGUCUUCACAAGGCGAACAACGACCGGGACAUAUAUCUGAUAUUCGAGUACAUGGAAACCGAUCUUCACAACGUCAUUAAGAAGGGCAACAUCCUGAAGGACGUCCACAAGGUUUACAUCAUGUAUCAGCUGUUUAAGGCGAUCAAGUACAUUCAUUCGGGAAACGUGAUACAUCGGGACCUGAAGCCGUCGAACGUUCUGCUGAAUGCACAGUGUCACUGCAAAAUCGCUGAUUUCGGAUUAGCACGAUCCGUCACACAGAUAGGGGAAGGCGACGGUGAAACCGCCAGUGAUCCUACCCUAACGGAUUAUGUGGCAACCCGCUGGUACCGUGCACCAGAAAUACUCGUUGCUUCGAGGAGGUAUACGAAGGGUAUAGACAUGUGGUCUUUGGGAUGUAUACUCGGCGAAAUGCUUCUUGGAAAGCCACUUUUCCCCGGUUCUUCGACGAUCAAUCAGGUCGAAAGAAUAAUGGCCACACUUCCACCGCCCACGAAAGAAGAUUUAAUUUCGGUCUGCGCCGGUUACGGUACUAAUUUAUUAGAGAAGACUCCGUACGGGCCGAGACGUUCACUGAAGGAUUUACUACCGGAUGUGCCGAAAGAGGCGUUGAAUCUUAUAAGCAAUCUGAUAGUCUUCAAUCCGAAUCACAGAUUAACAGCUGUCGAAGCGUUGGAGCAUCUUUACGUGGCCAAUUUUCACAGAAGAAGCAACGAACCCGAACGCGGUUCCAACGUUGUUCCUCUGCUCAGAGACGAUGUACAGCUUUCGGUCGACGAGUACAGGAAUAAGCUUUAUUCAAUGAUGGAUGAGAAGCAUCGCAAGCACAAAAAUAUGUCUAAGUCUAGAGUCAGACGACUCUCGGAGCACAUCAGGAAGGAAACAGCCAUUAGUAACAGUAGCCCAGUCAUCGGUCAAGGUGACGUGACUGUUGGUAAAAAUCUUGCGCACUCGUACCAGGAUUUACGUAAAGACAGAUGUAGAACUGAUACGUACGAACCUUCGUGUUCAGAGGUACGUACCCAGCUACCGAGCAGAAAGACGACACGGAACACGCAAAUUGACAGCGGUGAAAGAACCACAAAGACAAGAUCCAUAAGCACCUGCAUAGAGUCGCAGAUGUCGAACACGAGGAAUUUUCGAUCAACCGCAAAAACCGUGGCAACUCAAUACACCUACAAUCUGAUGAACGGCGCUCCGAACAAUCUGGCACCAAACACGACCAAGAGUUGUUUGUACAUCAAUCAACAACGACCAUUAUCGAAAUCCCAGCGUUCUAUUCAAUCGGAUCAAGUGACCGUGUGCGCGCCCGGUGGAAAGUCGUGUCAGCCAGCGCAAGCUGGCCGAGUAAAGUUGCGGAGGAAUUGCAAGCAGAACCGUGGACCGAACCGAGCCGCAUCGAACGUGAACUGGAGAGAAGAGGAUCGACAGAAAAGCACCAUCCUUCACGACAGUCCCAAGAGUCUUCAAACGAAAUAUUUCUCGAGAACGUUGGACAAUAAUUGCGGUUAUCUGAGAACCUGCAACAGUGGCAGUGACAAACGCACCGAUAAUCGUAACAACGACGAAUCGCGUCAUUCGGUGACGAAGAAUCAAGUCGUUCAAAAUUAUCUAAAUCAAACGAUGCCGUCCCGUGUCAAAGGGCAAACGUCCCAUCUCUAUAGAUCGAAGGAUAUCAAUUACAGGACCAUCUCGCAAUGUGACGCUAGCAGUAUUAAGAAACCCCAACAGACAGCUAAUUUCCCGAAUAACCGAACGAAAAACGCCGCUCCCGUAUCCAGGUGCCAGAAACCAGUCACCGAUGGGAAUAACGAGAAAAAGUCCAAGCCUUUCUUAGACAGUUACACCCAAAGUCACGGUGUAAUAACCGCGUCCAUGUACAAGGAGCUAAGAAACGGGACUAUAAGAUGGUAAAAUAUCGUCAGGGUCGAGCUUCCGGUGAAAGAGAACCAGGAGAGUGGUGGCAGACUGCUAGAAUUUACGACCAUUGUAAGACGACAAAUAUUUUUAUAGCGAUUUUCUAAAUCUUCUGAAAUUAUCGUCAAUUUCUGAUGUCAGUAUUAAAUGCACGAAUGAUCAGCUUUUAUUUCUCUCUAUGUCUACAUCGUUAAGUGCGUUAGAUCCCUAGCUCUUAGGAUUCUUUUUCUCGGAAGCUAUGAUGCUAUAACGUUCCUAAAUAAAUUUUACAAGAAAUUAUUGAAAAGAGAAAAAAAUCACUGUGUACCGUGUAAUCGGUGCGUUCUAAUUCCGGCGGAUGAAAGGAAACAGAAACCGGCCGAAGUUUCGUAAACGUAUACGUAAGUAGCAAAUGAUAAACGACCGAGCAGGCAAGUGACUACUUUAAGCUCUUAGGUAAGAAGAAGCUUGCGAACUAUAUUGUUCUAUAGGAUAAGAAUAAACAAAAAAAAA